CGGGCUUCUCUGAGAGACAGUAACCUGUGAUACAACCGAGAGUGAGUGUAUGUUUGUGUGUGCGGGUGUGUGCACCAUGAAUGUUCUUAUGUCCUCCAUGCUGGGAGACGAUUCUCACCUAAUGGCUGAGCCAGCGAUCCAGAUCUUUGAGCAGCCGAAGCAGAGGGGAAUGCGCUUCAGGUACAAGUGUGAGGGUCGCUCAGCUGGCAGCAUCCCUGGAGAGAAGAGCUCCGACAACAACAGGACCUACCCCAGCCUGCAGAUCCUGAAUUACUCUGGUAAGGGUAAGGUGUGCGUGUAUUUGGUGACGAAGAACGAGCCGUACCGACCGCAUCCACACGACCUGGUGGGGAAGGACUGCAAAGACGGAUUCUACGAGGCAGAGUUCGGUCCAGAACGCAGAGUGAUUGCCUUCCAGAAUCUGGGCAUCCAGUGUGUGAGGAGGAGGGAAGUGAAAGACGCCAUUGUACAGAGGAUUACCAGAGCGAUCAACCCCUUCAACGUGCCACGCGAACAGCUGCUGCAGACAGAGGAGUACGACUUGAACGUGGUUCGCCUCUGCAUUCAAGUUCUGCUGCCGGAUGAGAACGGCCACUACACCCGCUCACUCAACCCCAUUGUCACCAACCCCAUCUACGACAACAGGGCACCAAACACAGCAGAGUUGAGGAUCUGUCGGGUCAACAGGAACAGUGGCAGUGUUAAAGGCGGGGACGAGAUCUUCUUACUGUGUGACAAAGUACAGAAAGAUGACAUUGAAGUGCGGUUCUUCUCCUCUGACGGCUGGGAGGCCAAAGGCUCCUUCUCCCAGGCUGAUGUACAUCGCCAAGUGGCCAUUGUCUUCAAAACUCCGUCCUACUACAACACCUCCAUAACAGAGUCAGUCACAGUGCAGAUGCAGCUGCGGCGGCCUUCCGAUCAGGAAGUCAGCGAGCCAAUGGAUUUCAGAUAUCUGCCCGACGACAAGGAUCCUUACGGCUACAACGAGAAAAAGCGCAGAAGAGAGCACUUGAUGAAGAUAUCAGGAUUGCAAGGUGGUCCUUUUGCUGGUCUAGCGAUGAACAGGCCAAAGGCAGUGCCACAGAGUACCAUGAGUCACAUGCGGAAAGACCUCAGCAACAUGUACCUGAGACAACAGCCUCCACCUACGAUGCAGCAGCAACCGACUAUGUUCAACCAGCCCUACCAACCCGGGCCUCAGAAUAUGAUGAUGACAUCACAGGCUCCUAAUUUACAAAUCAGCCAUUCAUGGGCAAAUCCCAACACAGCACUCUCAAUGGAUACAGUCACCAUCAACCCCUCUGGUGCCAUGAGCAAUCUGCAACGUCUUAACAACAGCAGACAACAGCAGCCAAACCGUGUAUCUGGUUACCCCCAAAGAGCGGAGCACAACAGCUGUGAGAAUAAUGCCCUCCCCCAGCUCUCCAUGAGGGACUUGCAGUGCCUGGAUUCAGUCAGCCAGGCACCUGUAAUGAGCCAGACAGAGUCCCAGCCACUCUUCCACCUGCAGCACCAAAGGGAUGAGCUGGUCUCUGAGACCCGGGCCCAAAACCAUCUAAGCAACCAAAACCAGGGUCUCCAGACUGGGUGGCCGAACUUCAGUCAAGUCCAGAAUGCCUUUAAUGGAUCAGUACCUGGAGGAGGAGGUGGGUCACAGGUGCUGGGCUCUUUCCCCUUUCUAGAGGGAAUGGAUGGGGAAGAUUUUCUGAAAGGCCUAGUAGGAGGAGGUUCUCAGACUGGCUUCCAGCUGAAGCAGGAGCCCCAGAUCAUAAUGGGAAAAGAGACACACGCUUCUCUUAUGCAAUCCCCAAAGGAAAGCCAAGGAAAUACUUAUACCAACUUGCUUCCUCGUCCAAUGAGCAAUGGCGCAAACAUGGAUCCAAUGAGGCAAGAUGGUAGUGGCAACACCCAGGCUCUUAAAAAUCCGCAGAAUCCUUACUCAAACAACAGCAUGGCCACAGAGGAACACUUUCCAACUUUGGUUGACUGGAUCAAAGCAACUCGCCCAAGCGACUACAAAGAGUGACAUUUUUGAUAUCAAGAAAUAAACAGAAGCAGCUCCAUGGAGUACACCUGCCUUGUUUAGCCUUGUGCAUCCAGAAAUGUUACUUCUCCCUUUCAGACCUGGUAAGGCUCAGUGGGCAUUUGCUUGGGUUAUUACAUCUGUGGGCAUAAGACCAAAGUUAUUGGCAGCCAACUGGAUCCAUAACCAAACAAAUGCAGUGUUUCUAGGUGGUACACAUGAUUACUAUCUAGUUCCCUCUUUGGCAAAGACAUCACCAGGAAUACUCCUACAUCUGAUUGCUCAAACGUGGCACCUGGUAGGUUGUCAUUCCAAUUAUUAUUCUUUAAAUAGUUUCCAAAACUGAUCAACCAAAUUUGGCAUCUUGGCAAAGAAAUAGGCCCUACAGUUCCAGAGCAUUGCCUCAUUUUAUAUCAAGGACACCUUGUUUCAUGAUUGGUGUAAAGAACAAUUCGGUACAUGUUACACCCCAACUAUUAACCUCUGAAGUGUUGGCGUGUUUUAAGAGGUGCCAAGUUGCAUCAUCACUCCAAUCACUCCCCUUAAUUAGUUCUAAAGACUUGUCAAUAAAAGUGAGCUCACAUUAAUUAAACUGGUUUCUGCAAGGCUAAAACCUGUACGUGGAUGAACCCCGCCUUAGGUUGUAUUGAUGAUGACACUGAUGGGUUCCCAGCCAACGCUUCAUAAGAGGUGAAUGUACUGCUUUCUUUCUUUGCCUAUCUCAGGUGACGUUGGAUUCACUGUCAACAUACUGUAUAGUAAUGAAUGUUUUGUUGGGUGUUUGAUGUUGAAAAAGAAAAAAGAAAAAAAAACAGGGGUAAAUGGAUUUUAGGGAUUUUGAAAGUACAGCAUAAAAAAUUGCUUAUUAUGAUGGAUUUACUUGUUAUUGCUUUUUAAGAGAUUCAUACAUAUUAUACAUGUCAGUUAAGGUAUUUCACUGUUUUAUUGAUUUUUUAAAAAGACUUUUUGGUGUUAAGUGCACUCUGUACAUACAUGUUAGCCAUAGUUGAGAGUGAAAGCAUAUUUAUGCUGAAACACUCAAGAACUGGCAAGGUACUGAAAUUUCCAAUGAGGAAGUGGGAGGAAGCACAUUCAAGGGUGUCUUUCCUUUGUAAUGACUAUGUCAUACCAGUGAUCACAUGUGUUAUCCAGAGUUCUCAGAGCAUUUCUACCAGAUGUUUUAUAGAUACAGAUACAGAAAUUUUGUGUGUUAUUGUUUUAUUUGUUCAGCUGAUGCUCUGAGGGACAGUUACAGAAAACGCUUUGGUCGAGAUCAGUUUGAUGGGACACAUGGCUGGUGAUGGACAAACACUUGUCACCACUAGCGUAGCUCAGCCUAAUAUGUUUUCUUGACUUGUAUAUAAGCAGGUGCUUUUUGGUCUUAAAUAAAAAGUUAAUAUUUUGAUGACAACUUUGUAAGUCUUGCUAUUUUUGCUUUUGUUGUUUUUUUCUAUGGGAUCAUCAAUAAAGAAUGUCCUUUUCCAAA